UGCGCUAAAUCUCGGCGAUCGGCGCGUCCAAAUUCAAUCACCACCCCCAACGACACUCGGUUCCUCACAGUACCGGAACAGAUAACCUACCCUCAAUCGCCCUUUCUCGCCGGCCAUUGCGGACACAACAAAACAAUAUCUCCUCCAAGUUGUGAAAAGCAGCAUUGAAUAGACCAAUACGAACAUACUCGCUCAUAAAACCGGCACAAUGGUCCACAAAGCAAUCUUCUGGGGUGGUUUCGGAAUUGCCGUCCGUGCUUGGCAACUAGGCAUUGAGAUGCGCCCGUUCUUCUCCAAGCAAUCGAUGGUUGGAUACCCAAUCUUUGCCGGCGUUGGAGCAAGCUUCGGAUACUGGUUGAGCGGAGUUGAGGAGAGACAGCACACCAUUCUGGCCGCCCGGAGGACAAGCCUGCUCGAGAAGAGACAAAGGAGGGCUGAGAGGGAAGCAGCUGGGGAGCAGUAGUGGGAAGAGUCCAGAUGGCAUGUUCAGCGCCAACCACCCCAGGGAAUUGGUCCAUGGAUAUGACCAUUAUACGAGCAUAGCUACAUUUAUAUUCAGGGGCUAUAUGCUACGGGAUUACAGUUGCGACGAUGGGCAUUGGGGUUGCUUGGGGUAGCUUGGGAUUGCGGAUGAACGGGAGGAGGAUGUGGUCUAUAGAUCCUGUACACAACGGUUGCGAAAAUCCAAUCAAAUAAACAUUUAAAAAUAACCAAGGCUGUACUCUAAGGA